CUAUUGGACUGCCAGUUUCCAAUCGGAAGGGCUUCUGAACCUCAGUCUCAGUGCAGCGCUGGCCAUUGGCGGACAGGAUGGAGGCGGAGCCUUAGGUCGUCGCCGGCGACGCCGGCGCUAGGGUAAGGGACGAUAAGGCUAACCCCUUAACAGAGCAGUCUCGCGUCGACCUGGCCUCGCUGUCUGCCCCCGCAGGACCCCACCUCCUUCAGAAUGACGCUGGACGUGGGGCCGGAGGAUGAGCUGCCCGACUGGGCCGCAGCCAAGGAGUUUUACCAGAAGUACGACCCUAAGGACGUCAUUGGCAGAGGAGUGAGCUCUGUGGUUCGUCGUUGUGUUCAUCGAGCUACUGGCCAUGAGUUUGCAGUGAAGAUCAUGGAGGUGACAGCUGAGCGGCUGAGUCCUGAGCAGCUGGAGGAGGUGCGGGAAGCCACACGGCGAGAGACACACAUCCUUCGCCAGGUCGCUGGCCACCCCCACAUCAUCACUCUCAUCGAUUCCUACGAGUCUUCUAGCUUCAUGUUCCUGGUGUUUGACCUGAUGCGGAAGGGAGAACUGUUUGACUAUCUGACAGAGAAGGUGGCUCUCUCAGAAAAGGAAACCAGGUCCAUCAUGAGGUCUCUGCUGGAAGCAGUGAGCUUUCUCCAUGCCAACAACAUUGUGCACCGAGACUUGAAGCCUGAGAAUAUUCUCCUAGAUGACAAUAUGCAGAUCCGACUUUCAGAUUUUGGGUUCUCCUGUCACUUGGAACCUGGCGAGAAGCUUCGAGAGUUGUGUGGCACCCCAGGGUAUCUGGCACCAGAGAUCCUUAAAUGCUCGAUGGAUGAAACCCACCCAGGCUAUGGCAAGGAGGUCGAUCUCUGGGCCUGUGGGGUGAUCUUGUUCACACUCCUCGCUGGUUCGCCACCCUUCUGGCACCGGCGCCAGAUCCUGAUGUUACGCAUGAUCAUGGAGGGCCAGUACCAGUUUAGUUCACCCGAGUGGGACGACCGUUCGAACACUGUCAAAGACCUGAUCUCAAGGCUGCUGCAGGUGGAUCCUGAGGAACGCCUGACAGCUGACCAGGCCCUACAGCACCCCUUCUUUGAGCGUUGUGAAGGCAGCCAACCCUGGAACCUCACCCCCCGCCAGCGGUUCCGGGUGGCAGUGUGGACAGUGCUGGCUGCUGGACGAGUGGCCUUAAGCACCCAUCGUGUACGGCCACUGACCAAGAGUGCACUGUUGAGGGAUCCUUAUGCACUGCGGUCAGUGCGUCGCCUCAUCGACAACUGUGCCUUCCGGCUCUAUGGGCACUGGAUACAGAAACAGGAUUUUAAAGGUGAUAACUUGUGUGCAAUAAUGCUACUAGUAAUAACAAAGGUCCCGGGUGGUAUUCUCGCUACUUCUGCUUCCCAUGGUCACAUGUGCCAGCCCAACCUCCUCCUCUCCCUGGGGCUCAAACCUUCUGGUAGCUGCCUCCCUCUUACCAACACAGGCCUUGUGAAGAUCUUGGAGCAGGGCACAAGCCGUUGAUGUCUGCUCCAGUGAGAAGCACUGCUGGCGGCAGAAGAUGAGUGCAUGGGAGAAGAGGUCCAGGGUGAUAGCAUCCCGUAGGCUCUGCUCAGGACAGCCUAGCUCUAACAGCUCAGCCAGCACCCUUAGGAGAGAGAGAGGAAGGAGUGAAUGACAAUGGGAGCCUUCUUUCAUCACCCCCUACCCAGCACAUGCUUUGGAGCCUGCCAUUCCUCAUGUCUUCUCAACCCACCCCCCUCACCCUUCCCCAAGAGCUCUUCUCCCUGCUCAGUCCCUACUCCCUCAUCUCCUCAAUGUUGGCUGUCUUCUCCAGCCGGUGCAUGGAAUGGAUGUCCAGGUACUUCCUGUCGUAUGAAAAAAAAAGAAAAAGUAUCAGUGGUCUUUACACAUUAGUCUCAUGACAGGGCUGUGAUGGCUAGGGCAUCUGACUGGGAAUUAGGAGAUCUGAGUUUGAAGCCUGGCUUUUUCACUAACUUGCUGUGUAACCUCAGGAAAAUUGCUUACCUCUCCGAACCUAAAUGUACUCUUACGAUCCUCUCCAUUUAUAAAACCUAGGGUGAGGGAUCUUGAGUUCUUUUCCCUGUUCUGCCACUACAUUGCUGUAUGACCUUGGUCAAGUCACCCCCCCACCCUGUGAGCCUCAGUGUCCCCAUUUGUACAUUAAUCCAUAGUGGCUAUAAUAUUCUAUUUACACCGCAGACUCUGGCUGUCUUCUCACACAGCCUCCUCUUUGGACUAGAGAGGCUGGAAAGCUGGCUUCUAGCCACCUGAUUAAUUGCAUGUCUGGGCCUUAGUUUCCUUAUCUGUAAAAUGGGCAUGCCCCGGCUACAGGACAGGACUGUUAGGGAGCCACUAAAGGAAUAAUGCAAGUGUGAAGUGUAA